UUUUUUUUCUCUCUCUCUCUCUCUCUCUCUCUCUUUAUUCAUAUGGUUACUUACCUAUUGCCUAAACUUCUUUACGUCUGUUUAUACAGCGUAUUAGGUUCUGCUAUACCUUAUCUAUCCUUAUUCUAUGCCGAUGUACUUCACUUGCCUUCUCAGCAAAUAGGUAUCAUUUUAGCCAUUGCUCCUUUUAUUCAGAGUCUUGCUUGUCCUUUCUGGACUUAUCAAGUAGACAAAAGACCAGAAUGGCAUGGUAGACUCAUGGCCAUUUUGAUGUUUAUUGGUGGCUUUAGUAUACUUGGACUCAUGUUUAUUCCUUUGUUCUUAACGCAUGGUUCACAAUCUUCUGUGUUAUUGAUUACUGUUGCUCUGGCAGUCACUUUUGCUUUCUUUGGGCAACCAGUUACUGUAUUGGUAGACAGUGCUGUACUCAAAAUAUUAGGUGAUAAUGCUAUCUAUUAUGGAGACCAAAGAUUAUGGGGGUCUGUUUCAAACGGUGUCUGCAUUUUACUUGUGGGUUAUUUUAUUGGAUUAUUUGGGAUCAACUGUGCAUUUUAUAUAUUUGGCGUUAGUGUAGUGGCUUUUAUUAUCAUGGCACUAUUUACUCGAGUUACCUAUGUUUCAUCAGAAGAGACAAUAGAGAAUGAGCCCUUACUACAGGAUGGGAACAAGAUCAAGGGAUUCUAUACUAUGGAUCCAACAGCUGCAGAUGAAACUGACCAUGCAGGCAAUGGUUUUGUUCAUUCUGACAUGCAACGUGUGACCAGUAUAGCAAAUACAUUACUAACUGAAAGCGGUGCUGGUGGCGAUCUCCAUUUGCAGAGAACAGUGACUUCUUUGGCAGUUCGAGAUGUACAAGAUGAAGCCAAUGAAUUGUUGGAUCACAUGGACAAUUUACCACCAUUAGGUCUUGCAUUAUCCCAUAUUCCUACAGUGGAUACUUCAUUGGCUGCCUUUGCAAGCAUUGUUGAAGAAUCUGAACUUGCUGAAGUUGGUCCUAGCUUAAAACACACUAUAUUUGGAUCAGUUAAAGUAUGGACAUUUUUGUUAAUGUCACUUUUGUUUGGUGUCUUUUAUUCCAUGAUCGCCCAGUUUUUGUUUCUUUUUUUGAAGCAAGAUUUAAAACUCGAUUCUUCUGUCAUUGGUUGGACAGGUCCUCUUGGCGGUAUUACUGAAGUGUCAACGUUUUAUGUUUCCCGACUACUAUCUAAAAAAUUUAGCGUUGAGAGCCUUGUUACUGUUGCUCAUUUGACAAUUAUUUUAAGGAAUUAUAUCUACGAAAUUCUUCAACCUGGUCAUCCAAGUACAACAAUCAUAGCCCUGGCUUUACAACUCCUAAAUGGUUUCUCAUAUGCACUAAUUUGGUCCACUUGUGUGUCAGAAGUAGAUCAAAUGUUCCCAACAAAUCAACGGGCAAUUGCUCAAGGCCUUUUGGCUAGUUUCUUUAACGGCAUUGGGUUUGGUUUAGGCUGUAUCUUGGGAGGGUUUGCAUAUGACCAUUAUGGUGCAGCCAUGUUGUUCAAUUUAUCUAUUGCUGUGAGCUUAAUUAGUUUGAUUGUGUUCUGGAGCGGGAGGUUGUUGAAGUCUCCUUAGUUCUCAUACCCUUUUAAAAAAAUCUAAAGAAAUAUAUCCACUCUAUUGCGCAUGUUUUUUAUAUAUGAGGCCCAUUUUGGUCUAUCUCUCUAUGAAAUAGGCUACACUCCCUGCCCCCUUCUUUUUUACAUGGCCAUAUUGUGUCAGGAUCAUUUUGUGGGCUGUAACGGUAGAGUCCUAAUAAAGUAACUUGUAAGGUGAAAAAGAACACAUUUACAUAUGUAUCUCUUUCGUUUUCCUUCUCUCCUAAAAACAAUUGGCUAUAACUUAAAAAAAA